CGUUUGGUUACAAAUUGUUGAUUUUUGUUUUGUAAAAUGUUGUAAGUGUCGGACCCUUCACGUUUCUUGUGUAAUAACAGUAGAGUACCACAGUAGUGAUAGGGUCCCGUACCGCUGUAAGUAUGUUGUCGCUACCAAUUAGGUAUCAUGGCUGAAGAAAUGUGCGGCAACGAAAUAGCAAAUGACGGAAAAGGGAGAAAUUAGAACUUUAGCGGCCAUUGCCUUAAAUCGGCAGCUAUUGCUAUCAGGCGUCCGUGUGCUGUAGAUGGUUUUUUCUAGUGCAGUGAUAUUCGGUUUGAGAACCAAGUUCCCCCCCCCCCCCCCUUGACGUGGUCAAGUGGAUACACGGGAACAAACCUGCUCAGGUAAUAAACAUCCUGCACGGUUCUUGAAGAACAAUCUUAUAUUUAACUUCGUCCAAUAGGACCUCUUUUGUUGGACCUUUUAAUAGGUUCCACCGUCCAGCACACGGGUCGGCCCGCGAAGCCGUAAGGCUUCCGCGCCUAACUUGUAAAGGAGUUAAGCCGUCCGCCAUAGGACGAAAUCUCGGGCAUUGGCCCUGAUAGUAAAGGAGAUUACCCCUCUCGACCGUCCAAGGUGGCCAUGCCACGGCCGGCCAAUUGCGCCUAAGAGGGAAGACGCCUGCAUCCUCCCCCCCCCAGCAACGCCCGCUGGUCCGUCGGCCGAGUACCGGCCCACAACACCGCUCGCCCCGCCAUCCGGCGAGUUUUCCGGCCGCACAGCUCGACAGGAGUCGCUGUGUCGGCCAUCGAACCCACCAUCAACACAGCAGCGGUAUGUACCGGUACCACCGAACAUAGAAUAGGUUACACAUAACAAAUUUACACUAAAUUAUUACACAGACCAACACGCACACGCCACAGCUAGGUUUUCAAUAAAAAUUAUAUAAGAAACGUUAAAGAUCCGUGUUAAGUUUUUGUAUCGCGAAAGUGCCCUUGAUUACCCAGUAGCUAGCCGACCCUGGGAUUGCCGGAAUCUCUUGUGUCCUGAGUCGGCCCGGCACUGAUAGUUUAUCGAUUCGUUUCACUUGGCACCCAGCCAAAAGUCCGCGAAAGGUAAUCAAGGGACCGAAGUAGCAUACAAAAAUCUAACGAUUUUUGCCGACGGGAGGUGGCAGGGAUACGUGCUUGCACGUAUGUCUCGCCCCCUUACGCACUGUCCUAAACUCAGGUGAUUUAACUGUGAUAUUACGAAGCUUUUGCUUCAAAAGAGGUCCUGAGCACAUCACGGACACAUUUGCUCUUGAUUUUCGUUUUUACCGCAUUAAAAUUCGUUGAUGUUGGCAAAUUUUGUGUUUCGUGAAUCGUUUAUGUUGAUAUGUUUUCCGAUCAUAAUUGAACUUUACUGUACCUACUUGUCCAAUCAAUCAUGACAACAAUAGCGCACUAUUUAUUUUAACCCGUUUGUUUUGAUCCGUCCCAUUGUUUUAAGAUUUGAUUUCACCCACAACACACCCCACUGAUUCUCAUACGAUGACACGCAAGCGACGAGCAAAGGCUGAAACCAAUUAUAAUCCAAUCAAUUGGCAGCCGUCGACGUACGAUGCGGACGAGUCGGACUUAGAGGAAUGGUUUGAAAUGCCUCGUCCGUUGCUCUCGACGUAUCCUAACUACCCGCUAGAGGAGUUAGAGCUGGACCUCGAAGAAACUUUGCAAACCAUCAGGGAGCAAAGGACUUCGGGGGUGAUGAUGCCAGCAGACGUCGGUAAAAUUAAACGUAUCAUUUACCUAUUCAUGCGUGACAUGAACAUCGUCACAUGCGAUGUAAAUUCUCGCUAUUUGCCCCCCAGCGCGACUUGCGAAUACAGGGCGCCGGAAUCAGAACCAGAGGAAGAGAUCGAGUUGAUCAUCCCUAGUUCCGAUUCCGAUGAUUUUGAAAUGUCCUUCAGCGAGACCGAACCUGAUUCGGAAGACCACCUUCAGGUCGAAAAGGGAACGAAAAGGAGCCCAAUGUCACGCUAUUCUUCCGGUUAUUUCUCUCCCGAAAUUGACACCAGUAAGUCGGUGCUUCAUUCAUCGAAAUUUCCCCGAGACUUACCUGGUGAAGCUUUCCAAUCUUCAAAGCAACAAACUUCGAACCCCGAAUCCCUCCGAAAGCAGACCCGAUCGUUCAAGAUCCGGAAAAAGGCCAACCUAAAUCUUCGAGCGGAACCUACGGCCAAAGAACUGUGCAGCGAACCUACUUCGAUAUUGGAACCCUACCCUUCAACGAAUAUUCCCCGUUCCGGACGCACACCUGGAACCCCCCAAAAGGUAUUUUCUCACAACAAAAAGAAGAACAAAUCCAUCUAAAUUUGCAAUAAAUUUAUUCAGUAUCAUUUUCUUUUCACUUCACUUUCAAUUCUUCGGCAGUUUGCCAACCAUCCGGUGAGGUGCGGGAGUUACGAUUUUACCCCAGUCGCCGGCGGCAGACAUCGCCGAAUGGAAGUGACCUGUAAAAGAGUAAAUGAACCGUUUUAACAAUUAAAUAACACCGAAGGACUAAUGGUUUGUUAGUCGAUUGUGUUAGUUGUUAUGAGAAUCGUUAGCUGUUAGUUCUGUUUUAGUCGGACCGACGGAUGAAAGACUCCGGACGGUCGUGAAGGAAGGCUAACAUACAAGAAAGUCAGAUCCAACUUACCUUCAAUAUAUUCGGGGAUCCAUAGCAGGGCUGACAGGACCGGAGGAAGAAGCGAGGGGUGAACAAGUUUCCUCAUCUUCCCCACCUGUGGAGUGCCUGUGAGGGGAUUGCUCACUGUAGAAAUC